AAGGCAGGAGCUGGAGAAGGCAGGAGCUGGAGAACUCAGAAGCCGGGCGGUGGGGAGGCUCUAGACUUGAGCCGUCGCCUGCCUCAGCACACCGGCUCCCUCCCUCCCUCCGAAGCCAUGGUCUGGAGGAAGCUGGGCUCCAGCAACUUCUCCAGCUGCCCCAAUGGCUCCAGCCAGUGGAUAUGGGACGUGUUUGGCGAGUGUGCCCAGGAUGGCUGGGACAAGGCCAGCGUGGGCCUGGGCUUGAUCUCCAUUCUCUGCUUUGCUGCGUCCACCUUCCCCCAGUACAUCAAGGCCUGCAAGACGGGCAAUAUGGACCAGGCCCUGUCCCUGUGGUUCCUCCUGGGCUGGAUCGGCGGAGACUCCUGCAAUCUCAUUGGCUCCUUCCUUGCUGACCAGCUGCCCCUGCAGACCUACACAGCCGUGUAUUACGUCUUAGCUGACGUGCUGAUGCUGUCGCUGUACUUUCAUUACAAGUUUAAGAAACGCCCCUCUCUGUGGUCUCCCCCCAUCAAUUCUGUGCUGUUGUUCAUCUUGGGAGUGGCGUGUACCGCCCCACUGCUGAGCAGCGCUGGCUCGGUGGCUGCCCCCAGGGAGGUCUUCCGGGGGCGGACGCUCUUGUCUGUGGAGCCGGGCAAUAAGCCCUUCACGCAGCAGGAAAUCAUUGGCUUCAUAAUCGGCUCCGUGUCCAGCAUGCUGUACCUGCUCUCCCGGCUGCCUCAGAUCCACACCAAUUUCCUGCGGAAGUCGACACAGGGGAUCUCCUACUCGCUGUUCGCCUUGGUGAUGCUGGGGAACACGCUGUAUGGGCUGAGCGUGCUGCUCAAAAACCCCGAGGUAGGCCAGAGCGAGGGCAGCUAUGUGCUGCACCACCUGCCCUGGCUCGUGGGCAGCCUGGGCGUCCUGCUGCUCGACACCAUCGUAUCCUUCAGGUUCCUGAUAUACAGGGAUGCCGCCACCUCAUCAGAGCGCCAGCCACUCCUCCCCAGCUGAGCAGGACCCAGGCCAAGCCCAGGAUGACAGGGACCUGCAGAUGCCACACUCAGGAAGGGAGAAGUAUGGGCAGUGACGGUGCUGCUGACCCUGGGCUGGGCCGUGGAGGAAGCUGGGGGUGCCUAGAACUCCUGGCCCGACCGCCUACCCCCAACACCUCCGAAACCUCGUGAGCUGACCCUUCCGGAAGCCCUGACUGACGGACUCUUCCAGGAGCAGGUCAGCCCCCAGGGCCAGCCCACGCCGCCUUGGGAUUCACCCCCAGGGUCUGAGGCAACUGUCCCUGGAGCCUGAAGGGAGGAGCUGCAGCCGAGACCUCGCAGCUCAGAAGACAGUGCGGCUGCCCCUCGGCUCACCUACCUCGUUCUGCCUGCUUCCCCCACCCAACCGCCUGGGGAGGAGCCCAGCUCAGCCUGGUGCACCCUGGACUAUACAGUCGACUGCAGAUGGCCUAGUAAACGGUACUCCCAGUGAGGCCUGUUCUGGUGCUCCUUCCCCGAGGGGCCGGGCUCUGGGCUGCUCUGGGGAACAGUGAUGGAUGGGGAUCGGGAUCCCACCUACAGGUCCCAGGUGGGGGCCUAAGGGGUCAGGAUAUGGGAGAGCCAAGCCAGAGGGGACUGUGUCUGCUGGUCCGCCCCUGCCCAGCCUCUUGGGCCUCCGGUUUCUUCAACCUGCUUCUCUGUGACAGGCUCCACACCUGGUGGUGGGGACACAGCAGUGAGAAAGACACUCCUCCAACAGGAUCCCUGCUCCGCGGUGCUCAGCAAGAAGCGGAAUAGUUAAGGUUCAGACUUUGGUUCUGCAUCUCAACUUCUCUGUGCCACAGUUACCUCAUCUGUGCAAUGGGAUGACAGUAUUACCACUUCAUACGUCCUUCUAGGGAUUAAAAAAAAUGGUGUGAUUAUG